AUGGUAAACGAGCAAGUGGUUGUUGUUUUUGCUGCUUUUUUCGAUAGAUUCUACAAUGCAGCUCACUAUCUACACGUGGUGGUUGUUUUUGCUACCUGUCUAGAGGAUAGAGCCAGAUGGGAAUUCAGUGAAGAACACAUUCUUCUAGCAGCAAUGGCGAACCCAAUAUUCUACUUUUCAAGCUGUCUGUUCUUAUCCAUUGUCAUUAUUCUCGUCAAGUUCUUUCAUAAAGUGUGGUGGACUCCAAUUCGCAUUCAGUCGUCGAUGAAGUCACAAGGAAUCAAAGGCCCUUCUUAUAGAUUCCUGCAUGGGAUGAACUUCCUUCAAUGGUACGGUCCACAACCACAAUUGAUCAUCACAGAACCUGAGCUGAUCAAAGAGAUAUUGAACAACAAAGAUAGAGCAUACCCAAAAGCAAAGGCCCCAAAUUACGUAAAGCAGCUCCUAGGUGAUGGACUUGUCACAUCAGAAGGUGAAAAAUGGUUAAAGAUGAGAAAACUGGCCAACCAUGCUUUCCAUGGAGGGAGCUUAAAAAAUAUGAUUCCAGCAAUGAUUGCCAGUUCAGAGAUUAUACUUCAAAGAUGGAGACAUUAUGAGAGCAAGGAGAUAGAUGUGUUUCGAGAGUUCAAGGUUUUAACAUCAGAAAUUAUUUCCAGGACAGCUUUUGGAAGCAGCUACUUGGAAGGGCAGCACAUAUUUGAUAUGCUAACGAGGAUGGCUCACAUUAUUUCAGGAAACAAUUACAGAAUUAGAAUUCCUGGAAUUGGAAAAUUUUUUAAGACAAGUGAUGACAUUGAAUCAGAAAAUCUGGAAGCGACAAUAAGAAGCUCUUUCAUGAACAUGAUGAAGAAAAGAGAGCAAGAGGCAAUGUUAGGAAAUAUAGAUGGCUAUGGACAUGAUUUCUUUGGAUUGCUCCUAGAGGCCUAUCACGAUUCGGAUAAGACCAAGAAAAUAUCAGUAGAUGACCUCAUUGAUGAGUGCAAGACUUUUUAUGUAGGUGGGCAGGAAACGACAUCAAGCUUACUUACCUGGAGUGUUCUUCUUCUAGCAAUUCACACAGAUUGGCAAGAUAAAGCAAGGAAUGAGGUGCUUGAAUUAUUUGGCCAACAAAAUCCAGGUCAAGAUAGCAUUGCAAAAUUGAAAAUUAUGAGUAUGGUAAUUAAUGAAUCUCUAAGACUAUAUUCUCCUGCUGCUGUUGUGAUAAGGAGAGUUGAAAGGGAAAUUAAAAUGGGAAAAAUAACUGUUCCAGCUAAUAUGGAAGUCCUCAUUUCAACUUUAGCACUUCAUCAAAAUCCUGAAAUAUGGGGAGAAGAUGUUCAUCUUUUUAAACCAGAGAGAUUUGCAGAAGGGUUAGCUAAAGCUACAAAAAAUAACAUUGCUGCAUUCUUUCCAUUUGGUUUGGGACCUCGAACUUGUGUGGGGGUGAACUUUGCACUUACAGAAACAAAGGUUGCACUCUCUAUGAUCCUGCAACGUUACAGGUUUACUCUCUCACCAACUUAUGCCCACUGCCCAGUUGAAGUCUUACAGAAACAAAGGUUGCACUCUCUAUGA